AUGGUAACGAAAAGAGUCCAGAUUAUUGGUGUUGUGGUGACCAUCGCAGUAAUUGGAGUGAUUGCUGCAAUCAUCUUGACUCGCCAAUCCGAUAGUAGCAGCGUGAACAACGAGUCGUCUGGUCCAAACGUCUCGGACUCCGCUUCAGGUACAUCGGGAGAUACGGAUGAUCAGUCGACUGGAACUUCAUCCGAGAAUUCUACCAAUGAAAAAACCGGUACAAAGUCAAAGACGAGCUCAAUUACUUCCGAUCCGACGUCUGCCAAGUUCUCGCUGGCUGCUUUUGCCGUAGGUGACUGGGGCACCACUAUUUACCAGGAUUCAUGCUGCACACGUUCGGACACGUUUAACAACUACGAUAUCUUAGCUGAGGAUGUCGUGGCAAGUAUCAUGAACACCCAAGCAGGCAACGCUGAUAUCAAACCAAAAGCUAUUCUAGGACAUGGCGACAACUUUUACUGGACUGGUAUCAACAGCGAGGAAGGACGAGAUUCCCGUUUCGCGACGACUUUCGAAAAAAAAUUCAGCGGCGAAAACAUUGCAUCAAUUCCAUUUAUAAAUGUCUUGGGCAACCAUGAUUACGGUGGUGGUAGUUAUAUUUGCCACAAAGGAGACGAGAAUGCCAAGUGCAAUAGUCCUGAAGAAAUUGUUGAGGGUCUAGAGAACAAAUUUAAAUGGCAACAAGAGUACACGAGCCCAAACGACAAUCGCUGGAUUCUUAAGGAUCACUUUUACAGCUACACUAUUGCCGACGAAGACUCGGGUGUGAGUAUUGAAAUUUUCAAUAUUGACACUGGUGAUGCCGACGUACAUGCUGCAAUACAAGUAUGCUGCCAAUGUUAUGCCUAUUCAGGAGGUAGUGAUAAUUCGUGCGAUGGUGUUGCGCGCGGUCACAAAUUCUGUGCUGGUGGUGACAAUGAUCUGUAUGAUGCAUGCUUUGCUAAGUUUGAGGAAUGGGGUAGUGAAUCACGCAAGCUGUUGGUCGAGCAUGCUGCUGCUUCCAAUGCUACGUGGAUGGUUGUCAACAGCCACUACAGUCCCCAUGUACACUACGACCCAGAGGGUGUGAAAGAGUGGUUUAAAAUUCUUAAGGAUUCUGGCAUCCAUGCGUGGAUUUAUGGUCAUACCCACGGAGAGAAGCACGACUACUCCGAGUCACAUGGCAUCCAUUUUGUUGAAAAUGGAGCUGGUGGCGGUAUUCAGAAGGAAGCUGCCAGCGGUAUUACGACAUACGCUGCUGAGUAUGCAAAGAAUGUGUGGACGUAUUCGGGGGACGAGUACGGUUUUUUCUCGCUUGAAGCUUCAGCGGAGUGGAUGAUGCUGCAGUAUCACACAGCUGAUAAAGCAUGGUCUUUUGGAUCAACCAUGGGUGAAACAACUGUUGGUGGAGUCGAAACGAAGCAUUGCUGGUAUAUUCCUGCUGACGGAGGUGAAGGUCAGGAGUGCACAUCGUAA